AUGAGCAGAAGCGUUAGAUUCCGCCGCGACUCCCACUCUGGUGGGUCGCACUACGACCAUCAACGAAGCGAUUCGGGAGUCGGCUCCUUCAGCGAUUGUGAGAGCCGUUCUUCCAACCCUGACCGCGACUAUCUUGUCCCCGCUACCUACGACGACAAGAGGAUGUACGACCAUGAUUUGAUGGCCACGCUCGAGAACAUGCGUCUCGAGCGAGAUGAGGCCAUUUACAAGUAUGAUAAGAUUUAUCAGGAGCGCAACGAUAUUCUUCAGGAGCGCAACAAGCUUGCCGCCAAGGUUUCCGAGCUCGAGAAUGCCCUCAGCCAGAUUCGCAAAGAGUUGGAGCAAGCCAAGGCUCACACUCGUGCCUUGAUCAACGAGAAUGAGAAUCUUGGCUCCGAGAGGGAUAGCCUAAAGCAGGAGAAGGAGUCCCUGAUCAAGACAAACAAGGAGCUUACCGAGCAGAAUGCUCAGCUUCAGGAGAAUCUCAAGGAGCUGAAGAAGGCCAAUCGCAAGAGCGUCAGCAACAACACCAACAGCAGCGGCAGCAACAACAGCGGAGACAACUCUUCUCAAGCAUCAGGCAGCGUUACUACCACCGAGUCCUCUGACGACAAGAAGCUGCGUCGCAGCGCAAGCAAGAAGCAUAAGGAGCCAUCCGAGAAGGCCGAUAAAGAGAAACGCCGCGACGAGACCCGCGAGAAGGAGCGCGAUCGUGACGAGAAGCGGGACAAGGAACGCGAAAAGGAACGGGAGCGCGAGAAAGAACGUGAGAAGGAGCGCGCUCGGGCCGAGCGGGCCGAGCGGGAGCGGCGUAAGGAGAAGGAGCGUCUCGAGAAAGAAGAGACGGAACGGCUUCGCAAGCGGUUUGACGCCCGCUCUGCUGACGACAGCGACGCAAAGAGUAGCAGCACUACAGCCAAGCCACGCAUGCGUCGGGACAGCUACAUUGAGCCCCUCGGCCAUGGCGCCCCUCGUCCCCAGAUCGCCGUGGUGCCAGUGGCAGCACCGGCACCUCGUCAAUACCCCGCUUACACUACGACACCAGCAGCAGCUUAUCCUGCAGCCGCUGCCUAUCCUGCGCUCCGCGAGCCUUACACCGGCACCGCACCUCGGUCUCUGCACCCCACCGUCUUCGUUGCCGAUGAUUUCAACACGUAUGGCGUCGUUGACGAGGAGGACAUGGCCUACCAUCAGCCACACCCGGUGACUCGGCCCGCUCGCCAUCCACGAUGA